GAAAAAAAAAGGAGCGUGCAUGCGCGCCAUCGGAUAAGCAACAUCUGGCGUGCGCCCGCUUCUCCCUGUCUCCAGCAGCUGGUGCGUAGUACGAUGGGACGCCCCCCGCUUGGCGUCUUCCGCCUCGCGAUGGCAGAAUUGCGCGCGUAAAACCAAUUUCUCCCUUUUCGGAUCGAACAUAUUGCUUAUUUUUAUAUUCCGGAGAAAAAAAUGGCCACUGGAGCAGGUUGGCAACCCGUGUACGCAAACUCGACGAGCGCCUCCACCACCACCACCAGCGGUGGGGGAGCCAAAUACGUCCCGUCGUCCACAUCCAGCAUGUUCUACGACGCGAGUUUAACACUGGAAUACACGCAAGACCUCCAUUUGAAAAUGAGCAAGAAGAUUGCGCAGUUGACCAAGGUUAUCUACGCUCUCAACACCAAGAACGACGAGCACGAAGAGGAGAUCGAUUCGAUGAAGGAAGCCCAUGAGGAUGAGGUGCAACACAUCGUGACAGAAACCCGAGACAAGAUUAUGCAGUACAAAAGCAAGAUGGUGGACGAGGCCGACCUGCGGCGGCGGCUGGCCAGUCUGGAAGAAUCUGUCGAACUGCAUGAACACAUGAAGAGACAGGCUUUGGCAGAGUUUGAAAUGUACAGACAAAGAAUGGAGGAUUCGCAACUCUGCACCGAAGCCCAACACACACAGCGAGUGGUUUCCAUGAGCAGAGAGGUGGAGGAGAUGCGGCGGGAUUUUGAGGAGAAGCUGCGGGCGUUCAGCCAAGCUCAGGCCCAGUUUGAGGCGGAUAAGCGGCGAGCGCUGGAGGAGCUGAGGUCCAACCACCGCCAGGAGGUGGAGGAACUCCUAAACAGCCAGCAGAACCAGAGCGCCACCUCCACCGAAGACCAGGAGAAAUUGGCUGAGCUCCAUAGACAAGAGGUGGAGUCAUUGAUGGAAAGGGUGGAAGAGCUAAGCAAGAACAAAGUCCGAGUGGUUGAGGAAUACGAGGCCAAACUGGCCAAGGCUCAGGAGUACUACGAGCGCGAGCUGGAGGCCAUGACUCGAACGCACCAGCUCACCACCGAAAACCUGCUGGCCUGGAAAAGGACCGAGGUUGAGCUUCGGAAGGAGUUCCAGGCGCAGGAGGCGGCGUUGCAGAGAUCGCUCUCAAAGCUGAGGAGCGAGCUUCAAAGAGCCCAGGAGGAGGCGCGGGAGAACCGGGACAAGACUAACAGACUGCAAACAUCUCUGGUUAAUGCUGAGGGAACCAUCAAGAACCUUCACAAGCAGCUGGAAGAAGCCAUCCAGGACGGGGAGAUUUGGGUGAUGCAGCUGAAAGACACCGAGUACGAAUUGGAUGGCUGCAGGGAACGAGUGCAGCAGCAGGCAACGGAAAUCCUCCACAAAGCUAGUCAGAUCGGAUCCCUCCAGGCCACCCAGAUGGCCCACGAGGCAUCCAUCAGGAACCUGGACCAAGAGCAGAGUCGGCUAAAGGAGAAGAUCGGCAGGCUGGAGCAGGAGAGGGAAGCCCUGCUUAACCAGAACCAAUUGGCCAGCGAGCAGCACAAACAGCAAGUGCUCAAACUGGAGCAGUCUCUACGUGAGGAACACCAGGGCUACGAGAAGGAACUCUCCAGACUGAGAGCUCACUACGAGGAGGAGACUCGUCGCUACAAGGAGGCUCAGGUCAGGGCCUUGGAGGAGAUGGAGGAGAAACACCGAGUCAUGCGGGAGGAGGCGCAACAGGAGAAAGAGGAAGAGAAGAAACUUCUCACGAAGAAAAUGAGUCAGGAGUUUGAGAUAAAACGCUUGUCUCUGGAGGAGCAGCGAGACCGGGUGCAGCAGCAGCUGGACAACUUGAAAGAGGAGCUCUCUGCCAAGCUCAACAUGGCCAAUCAAGAAGUGUCCCACCUUCAGGAGCUGGUGAGGGAGCGGGACCAAAAUGUGAACUCAGCACAGAACCAGAUCACCUGCUUGAAGGAGACUCAGGAGAAGCUCAAGAUCGAAUUGGAUGCCACCCGAGCCCGCGUCCGAGAGACCAGCAACCUGCUAACCGACCUGCAGGAGGAGAUUGAAACCCAGAAGCAGCAGCAUGAAGCGCGAGUGAUGUCAAUCCGAACCGAGGAGAAGCAGAAGAUGGACAAGAUGGCGGACAACUUGGAGCAAAAAUGGAGAGAAGCGCUUCGUGAAGAAGUGCGGCUGCUGAGGGAGGAGCUGAACGAGGAAUACGACGCCGACAAGCAGGCGGCGCUGACUCAGCUCUCCCAGCAGAAGGAGCUGGAAAUGAUGGCCGCCAGGGAGGGCUGGCAGCGGAAGGUGGAGGACCUGCUCGAACAGAUCUCUCUGUUGAAGCAGUCCCUGGAGUUGCAGCUGUCUCAGUCACAGGCUGCCCUUCAGCAGCUGCAAUCUCAGUUCAGCCAGGAGAGGGAGCUACUCGACCAGCAACUCAAAGAGAUGCAAAGAGAGCAUCAGAGAAGGGAACAUCGACUACAAGAGGCUCACUGCUGUGCACUGAGCACAAUGGAGGAGGCUCGGCAGCACCAGAUUCGAGCCCUGGAGGAACGUCUGAAGCAAGAGCAAAGAGAAGAGGUUCAUGCUCUGAAGGAGGCCCAUAGGAGGACCUUGGACAUCCUCAGACAACAGUCAGAGCAGGAGUUGCAGACGCUGCGAUUUGAACUAGAAGAUGAGGGCAAAGCUAAGCUGGCGUCACUCCGCGCUGAGCUCAACCACCUCCACGCCACGGCCAUCGAGCAUUUAAAGCAGAUCCACUUGAAAGAAAAUUCAAAUGCCAAACGGGAGCUGGAGAAGGCCAUGGAGAAGAGCCGCCAACAGGAGCAAGAACUGCUGGUUCGCGUGUCCGACUUGCAGGCGGAGGUGUGCUCCCGUAACAGCCGCAUCACAGAUCUGGACCACGAGAUCCACUCUUUGAACGAGACCAUUGACACCUUGACUCGAGAACUCGAAUUGAAAGGCAAAGAGGUGCUACGGGUCCGCAGCGAAGCUAAUCAUCACAUACGGGCUCAUGAGCAAGACUUUGCCAAGAGGCAAGAGCGAGAGCUGGGAGAGCUCAGUGUGGUCCAUCACAGAGAGACUCAUAUCAUGUUGGCAGACUUCAACAAGGCUCAGGAAGUUCUCAAAGACAAGAUCACUGCUUUGCAAAUAAUUCUGGAGGGAACAGAAGAGAAAUUGAGGAACCGAGAGAGCAGACCCGAAGAUCUGCAUCUUAUCGCAGAGCUCCGUGAGAUGGUCACCGAGAGAGAAGCCUUGGUGAAAAAACUGGUGGAUGACAAAAAGUUUUACCAAUUGGAGCUGGUCAACAGAGAGACAGGCUUCAGCAAAGUCUUCAACUCCAGUGCCAACGUUGGGGUCAUCAACCCUCUUAUCAAGUCGAAACCAGGCAGCCAAUCAGAUCAACGCUUGGCCAGCUUCCCGAGCCAGUCGGCUCUCCGAUUCGUCAGCCCUCCCGCCGUGAGUCGUGCGAGCGAGGAAGCGGAGGGUCGGGAAGUGGAGGAGGUAGGACCGGGCCCAUUUGCGCCUCCCCACUCCCCCCUCCAACGCUCCCUCCCCCGGCUUAAGAAAGCUCCGCCGCUCCUCCGUCCUCUCCCUCACAUCCCUCAGCAUCCGCCACCUUUUCCUCCUCAUCCCCCGCCAAGUCACGCCCUUGCCCAUCCUCCUCAUCCUCAGGAGCCGCAGCAUCAGGCAAGUUGCAGGAGGUGAGAACUCGUGUGACUUGCUGCCUCGGCUGCCUUGAGGUGACGCGGGCGGCCAUUUGCCUGCCGCCAUCUCCCGUUUUAGUUGUCCUUCCAACCAUCCUCACCCCCUAACCCUUAAAAAGAGGCCCCGUCACCAAUUUUGUAUGCGGACAGCCAGAUCACCUUCAUUGAGAGGAUCUCGAGUUGAAAUGUGCCUGAGAUAAGGAAUCACGACUAGCAGCCAUUAUACUUUAUAAUUCCAUCUCUCCGCCAGAUUACAGCCUCUGAGACAUGCUUUUACUCGCUUCGAAAAGGAACCCAAAUUCACAAAUCACUCCCAGUGGGAAUUCAAAUUGAAAGUAAAUGUGAGAGUCAAGAUAACGGCUGUGAAAUGUUUUUUUUUUUUUUCUUCUUCUCUCAGAGUGGACCUAUGAGCAUCCAUUAUGGAAACUGUGAAGGACAGACAAAAAUAAUCAGGAGAAAAAUCCUCUAGAUACAAACAUUAACAGCAUCGAGCAAAUUGAAUCCGCUGAACUUAGACUAUUUCGCGCUAGUAGGUUAUCCAGUUGUUCUCAUAAGUUUACACCCCCCCUGGCAAAAAGUUAUUUGGAGUUUUAAUGUGUUACAACUUCCGCCCGGGUUUGUCAAUUUAUGAGCACAACUACUUGUGUUGAGUCUCUUUCUAAAUGUUCUUUGGUGCUAUGUUUUCAUGGCAUGUUGGUAAAUCUGGAGGACAUUGUGUGUGUGCGUGUGUGUUUGUGUGUGCGCGUGCGUGUGUGUUUAGGUAAAUGAAUGCAAAUGUGAAGCGCACGUAGCAACUCGGUGCACGCUCGGCAUGUGUGUUCCGACGAUGCUAGCGACGUGCGCAUGUUUGUUUGGGACUAUUUUAGCCACGGGAAAAUGAAGCUUCGAAUUUGCUUCAUGAAGCAGUUGUUGUAUUUUUUUGUGACUCCUCUCGAUGGCGCUCUCCGUUCAACGUUAAGCUGAACACGCAUUGCGCACUUUCCAUUUCUUGAAACCAACAGUGCCAUCUAGAGGAGUCCGAAACAAUUUGAAGCUUCAUUUUCCCUAUCUAUCGGAACGACACGGCCUCACCCCUCCCUCCCAGUCUUUUUAACGGAUGUUUUUAUUCCCUCCCGUAGCCUUCAUGAGGCAAACGCAGCGGCGUCAGACCACAAAGCAAUGGAGACAGGCAAAGAUUACGCUGCAAAAAAAGCCGAGCUGUACGCUCACUACUUCUCUUUCUGAUGUCCAAAUGCAAUUCCGUAAAACGGACACCAUUCAAUUCGAUUUUGCCAGAGUAGCGGAAUUGUUUCGUAACGCCCGUCUUUGUCACGGAUGGGCCGGACGGGAAUUUUUUCCUCUUCAUUCUGUUAUUACCGACUGAUUAAGAUAAUCCGUUGGACAUGGGGAGUUGACAAGCGGGAAUCUUUUAAAUGCUGCUUUUGUCCUCUUGACAAAUUUCUCACUGUGAGGCACCUCAGCAGUCCGGGGGAAGGGGAAUCAAUGGACACCUUUUUUUGUUUCUUAGAAUUCUAAUAUUUGUAAGAUAACACCAAAACUGGUUUUCUAUGGUCUCUCAUAAGGCCAGAGACAUCUGAAGAUUUUUUUUCGGCCAUAAUGUGGGAUGUUGACCCUUUACCAAGCCUUCCACGUUUUAAUCGAUCAGGUUCCACAGAGGGGCACGUUGAACUUGCUUGCUAUGUGUCUCUGUCUGCAGUCAUGACGGUGAAGCAUGCCAAAACGUCUAAUGCUGCUGUUGCGCACACAAAAUGUCUUUCUUGGGUGUCAAAAAAAAAAAAUUGACUUGAGACCCCUCCCUCCCCCACCUUCAAGUGUGAACAUCCACAAUGUCCAUACUGUCCCCUGCACAGUUUCCAACUGCAUGAUCAUUAUCUGUCCGGACGAAUCGUUUUAUCGUUAAAACGGGUAGAAAAGCGACUCACCGAGAGAAAGACGAUGCUUAAAAUUAAAAUUGACUCCAAAGAUUAACUGAGUGACCUAAUUAUUUUAGUGAACUUCCCUGAUUGGCCCAUUGGGCAAGGCCUCUCCCAAUAUCACCAGAUCAGAUCCCAUUUUGUCAAAUUUGUUUGACCUGCCUCAGCAACUAUCACCUCAUCUUCUGUUUUCUUUCACACUCAAACAUUGAAACUGAACUUGAAACUUGAAUCUGUCUUAAGUUUUAUUCGGUAUGUGGUUUGGUCAUUUGCACCUUGAGGGACAGAAAUGGACAUUUGCUGUAGCCCAAUUUCUUCCAUCUGGCACUUUUUGGGUGUUUCCGUAUUCUGUAGCAAACAAGGGUGAGAAGAGUCUGGAAAAAAGAAAAAGGAUCUCAGAAUGUAUCUGUCCGAAUCCCAAGCGUGUGAUCCAAUUUAUUCUUGUAUGAAGGUCCAACGGAGAACGGAACAAUGAAAACAAAAGAUUGUAUUGUUUCAUACACCCCUAUGCUGAACCACAGUUGGUUCGUUCCACUUUGCGCACUGUGACGACAACACUGAGCUGUGAUGAUAUUUUAAGAUUUGGUUCUUGUCUUUUUACUUCUUUGCAUCGAAUUGCACUUUUUUUUUUACUUCAUUUUCCAUUUGGAUGGGCGGUUAAUUGUUGGUUUUCGAAGCCUUUGUUUAGACCAAGAAGCAAUUUUUUUUUAACAUAUGUAAUUCUCUGUUGUGCUUGAAUAGUUAGUUUCACGAGUUCACAAACGUCACAAACUUUGAGUACUCUGGCUUAAAAAAAAAAAAGUUAAGACCAAGUUUCACUCUUAUACCUCAAAUUUUGUAUUUUCUCCAUUUUAUUUUGUUCUGACAUCCAUCGUCUUCCAUCUGAAGGGACUGUAAUUAUUAUCAAACAUUUCUUUCACCAAAUAUCGCAACGAGCAAAAACUGUAAAAAAACAAAAAACGUCUUUUAGUUUCCAUUUUAAUAACAAUAUACAAAAUAUUUACCUGCAUCUGAUGCUGAGUCCCGUGAAAGUCUUCUCUCAAAACGUAACGAUCGAACACUGCCACCUGUUGGUCGACUGUGAAACAUAAACUGCAACUCCAACUACCUAAUUGGAGUCUUUUAUUUAUGUGGUGUUAUAUAAAAUGCAGUCCGAGGUUUGCUUCCAUUCACUUUGUCAAAAUGCAAACAAGCGAUUAUCGUCACUGUCUCGAUCCAACCUGACGCAUCUGCUCAACGUUUGCAUUUUGAGUUGAAUAGUGGAUCAUCCUUGUGACUUAUAUCCUUUUGUUUGUCUUGACGUAAAUGUACAAUUAUAACAAUGUUUAUAUUUAUAUCAUUUCUGUUGUAUGUUAUCAAACAGUAAAAUUAUGAUUGUGA